AUGCACUUUUCAAGCGUCUUUAAAUCGUCGGUGCGCUGCGCCCCAAGUCCCGAUGGCAACCUGAUUGCAACACUGCUGUUUCCGGCCUCAAUCAGUCUGCGAUCCGUCGAAUCCUUGGAGACGGUUCAUUGCAUCAAGCUGCCUCCCAACCUCGGCCCUGCCUAUGCUCUGCGAUGGUCUCCGUCUUCGCGCCGCAUUCUCGCCUGCUAUGCUGACCAGAUUCACGUCUACUCGGCCUCGGCACCGGGCUACCAUGCCGUCAUCCGCAACCCCGCAACCCCCAACUUGAAGCCUACAUUUGUUCAGUUCGGCUCCUCCGACACCGAAGUCUUCAUGUGCUCCUCGUACGGACUCAAGUUCUCCGUCUUUGACCUGGCGACCGGGAGAACAGUCGAGAUCAGCAACCCAAAGUUCCACCAGGCUGCCGUGGCUUCACGGGGGUUUGCGUUGAGGCCCGGCUCGGCUCACCUGGCCAUCCUCACCAGAGUGGCCGGCAAAGAUAUCGUCGGCAUCCAGCACCCCAAGACGAGAGAGGUACUCCGGUCCUGGCAGCCUGACACCGUCGAUGCUCAAGGCUUGGCCUGGACCCCGGACGGCCGCUGGCUCGUCAUGUGGGAGUCGGCUGCUCAGGGUCACAAGAUCUUGUUUUAUACCCCGGACGGCCACCUCUUCAAGACGUGGUCUGGUCCCUCCCCCGUCGAGGACGAAGAUGAGCAUUACGACCUCGGCGCCGGCGUCAGGGUCUGUCAACUCAGUCCGGAUGGUGCCCGCAUGGCUGUAUGCGAUUACACCCGUACCGUUCGUGUCAUUGACACCAAGACCGCCACCGAGUCGAUGAGGCUUGACCAUCCUACAGCCAUCACUCCGAGAGAGACCAUUCAGAUCUGGCAAGAGCAAAUCGGUAACCCCCAGUCGGGCUCCCACCACUCUUUUUCGAGAGCGACCCAAUCCGUAUCCGCUCCGACCCGUACAGCCAACGGAGGUCCCGAUGCAAAGCCAGCCCCUACCCUUUCAUCGUUCGAUGCAUCCUCGGGCCUCCUGGCUACGACGUUGGAAGACUGGCCAAGCACUGUUUGGGUCUGGGAUCUGGCAUCCUCCGAGCUCCGCGCCGUCUUGAUCUUCCAUAGCAACAUUGCUGGUUUCUCCUGGCAUCCGACGCAACGUGAGGUGCUGAUGGUGACCAACGAAGGAGACAGCUACGCAGGCUUGGUGUUUGUUUGGGAUCCCUUGUCCGAUGGCCCAAGAACGGUAGACUUUGGCGCACGCCUGCCCGAGACAAAGGUGAUGGGAAAACCGCAGGUCUCGUGGCUGGAGUGGGCGGGGGACGCCGCCAUCCUUCUUUUGGGAGACGGUAGGCACCACCUUCUGGCCUCCGUUGCCGGAUCCGAGGACUCGGGGGCUCCUUGGCAGGAUGCCCAACGCAACGAUUUGACCAUGACCACGGGCAAAGACGAUACUCAACUAUCCGCCCCCGCAUUAGACGACUUCGACGAGGACCUGUCCGGUCUCGACAUGUCCCAGGUCGACGACACCUUCUCCUUCAAGAAAGUAUGA